AUGGAUGAGCUCUUUGAUGUUUUCGACGAUCAGUCGCCUGGUGGAAAGCCCCAAAGCAGCAAGCAAAAGCCCCGCAAAGACAAGAGCAAGAAGAGACUGGCCAGUGGAGAGGCUAAAGACACCAACGGAAACAUUAAUGGCGGCGAGGAAGUCUCUUUGCUCGAGACUGGAGGGUAUAACAAGCCCACAAAAGAAACCAAUGGAGAUAGCCAACCUGAGGCCAAGCGACAGCGGAGGGAUGUCGAAGCAGAGCCCCUAGUUACAGACACGUUCGAGACAGAGCAAUCAAGAGAAGUGGCUGCAUCUGCUGGGCUCCAAGCAGCAAAAGAGGGCACUGCGGUCGUCUUGUCCCAUCAGGUCAGACAUCAAGUCGCUCUACCCCCAGAAUACCGCUAUGUGCCUAUUUCAGAACAUAAAGCUCCAGAGACACCAGCACGUACAUGGCCUUUCACACUGGAUCCUUUCCAGCAGGUGUCUAUAGCGUCAAUUGAACGAGGGGAGAGUGUGUUGGUAUCUGCCCACACCAGUGCUGGGAAAACCGUGGUUGCAGAGUAUGCAAUUGCCCAGAGCUUGAAGAACAAUCAAAGAGUCAUCUAUACAAGUCCGAUCAAAGCCUUGAGCAAUCAAAAGUAUCGAGAGUUUGCUGCAGAAUUCGGAGAUGUCGGCUUGAUGACUGGGGAUGUGACUAUCAACCCAACGGCAACAUGUCUGGUCAUGACAACGGAGAUUCUUCGGUCCAUGCUCUACAGAGGCUCUGAAAUCAUGCGAGAAGUGGCGUGGGUGGUAUUUGACGAGAUUCACUACCUGCGCGACAAGGCCCGUGGUGUAGUGUGGGAGGAGACCAUCAUACUCCUACCCGAUAAAGUCCGCUACGUCUUUCUAUCGGCUACAAUACCGAAUGCAAUGCAAUUUGCAGAAUGGAUUACCAAAACACACGGUCAGCCCGUGCAUGUCGUCUAUACCGACUUUCGACCCACCCCUUUACAGCAUUACUUCUUCCCAGCUGGAGCCGAUGGAAUACACUUGAUCGUUGACGAGAAGGGUGUUUUUCGCGAAGACAAUUUCAACAAAGCUAUGACGACUAUAUCGGACAAGCAAGGUGAUGACCCUGCAGACGCAAUGGCAAAGCGAAAGGGCAGAGGCAAGGACAAGAGGCUGAACAAGGGCGGGACGAAAGGCCCUUCUGACAUCUACAAAAUCAUAAAGAUGAUCAUGAUGAAGAGCUACAAUCCCGUCAUCGUCUUCAGCUUUAGUAAGAAUUUGUGCGAAGCGUACGCUCUUCAGAUGAGCAAUCUUACUUUCAACGAGAAAUCAGAGAAGGAUAUGGUCGAGAAAGUCUUCAACAGCGCUCUGGAGAUGCUGACCGAAGAAGACAAGCAACUACCACAGAUCCAAAACAUCCUUCCGUUGCUGAAGCGCGGAAUUGGAAUUCAUCAUUCUGGGCUACUGCCAAUUUUAAAGGAGACUAUCGAAAUUCUUUUCCAGGAAGGACUCAUUAAGGUACUCUUUGCAACAGAAACCUUUUCAAUCGGCCUGAACAUGCCUGCAAAGACUGUGGUCUUCACGAGUGUUCGCAAAUUUGAUGGGGUCUCACAGCGAUGGGUAAGCCCCUCCGAAUUUGUUCAAAUGUCAGGGCGAGCUGGUCGACGUGGUCUUGAUGAUCGAGGCAUUGUUAUCAUGAUGAUCGACGAGAAGAUGGAACCUGCCAUUGCCAAAGAAAUCGUUCGCGGCGAGCAAGAUAAGCUGAAUUCGGCAUUCUAUCUCGGAUACAACAUGAUCCUGAAUCUGAUGAGGGUUGAAGGUAUAUCUCCCGAAUUCAUGCUCGAGCGAUGCUUUUAUCAAUUUCAAAACACCGCAAGUGUAUCAGGGCUUGAGAAAGAGCUGCACGGUCUAGAGACGCAGUGGUCAAACAUGCAAAUUGCUGAUGAGGGGACAAUUCGGGAAUAUUACGACUUGCGAAAACAGUUGGAUGGUCAUUCCAAAGACAUGCGCGAUGUCAUCAACCACCCAAACUACUGCUUGCAGUUCAUGCAAUCCGGCCGCCUCGUAAGAAUUAAGCACAACGACAACGACUUUGGCUGGGGCGCCGUUGUCAAUUUUACUCCAAGAAAACCUGGCAAGGACCCAAAAGCCGAAGACAUUACACCGCAGCAAUCCUAUGUCAUAGACGUACUCUUACAAGUAGCGGACAUCUCAUCAAAUGGCACACGAACUCAUCAGGAUCUGCCGCAAGGGGUCCAACCAGCAAUCGACGGGGAGAAGUCAAAGAUGGAAGUCGUGCCGAUCUUGUUGUCAUGCGUUGAGUCGAUUGGUCAUGUUCGAAUCUUCUUGCCUGCGGAUCUGAAAUCAGCUGAUCAGCGGAACACUGCGAGAAAGUCCAUUGAUGAGGUGAAGCGAAGGUUCCCGGACGGGAUAGCUGUGCUUGACCCUAUCGAGAACAUGGGCAUCACAGAUAUUUCGUUCAAGAACACGCUUAGGAAAAUUGAAGUGCUUGAGUCUCACCUGCUCACUAACCCGCUACACAAUUCUCCUCGUCUACCAGAUCUCUACAAUCAAUAUGCCGAAAAAGUCGGCAUGUCGGACAAGAUCAAGGACGUCAAGAAGCAAAUCACUGCUGCUCUUUCCAUCAUGCAGCUUGAUGAGCUGAAAUGCCGGAAGCGUGUCCUCCGCCGCUUCGGAUUCAUCAACGAGACCGAAGUUGUCCAGCUCAAAGCUCGCGUCGCCUGCGAGAUUAGUACCGGCGAUGAGCUUCUACUCAGUGAACUCCUCUUUGAUCGCUUCUUCAACGAACUCUCGCCUGAAAUGUGUGCAGCGGUAUUGAGCUGCUUCAUCUUUGAAGAAAAGUCCGAAGCGCCUGCGUUGAAAGAAGAGCUUGCCAAGCCAUUCCGUGAAAUACAAGCCAAAGCACGGACAAUAGCAAAAGUAUCUGUCGAGAGCAAAAUGCGAGUAGUUGAGGAUGAAUACUUGGCUUCAUUCAAGUGGCAGCUCAUGGAAGUCGUUUUUGCAUGGGCACAUGGAAAGUCAUUUGCAGAGAUAUGUAAGAUGACCGAUGUGUAUGAAGGCAGCCUCAUUCGUCUUUUCAGAAGACUUGAGGAGCUCUUGAGACAAAUGGCCCAAGCUGCCAAGGUGAUGGGUAGUGAUGACUUGGAGAAGAAAUUCGAAGAAUCAUUGACCAAAGUUAGGAGAGAUAUAGUUGCAGCACAGUCGCUAUAUCUCUAA